CAAUUGGAUUCUCCAUUCUCGUGCGGGCGCGUGGACCCCAAUCUCCUUUUCCUCAUUCUCCCCUCGCUGGAGUCUUCUUCACUCUCCCAACAAACACAAUACCUUGCGACGCUCGCUGCAUCGCGUGACAACUACGUCCAUGGAGAUGCUUCCCGGGAGCAGAAGAACAAUCUUCGUCUCCGCCUGCGUGUGGCUUCUUCUGUCACUGUUACCGUCGCUGUCACCGGCGAGUGUCGUUAGCGCCACCCACGGUGUCUUCAACGUCAAGUGCAAGUACCAGGAGCGCACCCUUUCUGCCCUCAAAGCCCACGACUACCGCCGCCAGCUCUCCCUCCUCGCCGGAGUCGACCUCCCCCUCGGCGGAAGCGGCCGCCCCGACGCCGUUGGGCUUUACUAUGCUAAAAUUGGGAUUGGAACUCCUCCGAAGAAUUACUACUUGCAGGUGGACACUGGCACUGACAUUAUGUGGAUCAAUUGCAUUCAGUGCAAAGAGUGCCCCACCAGAAGUAGCCUUGGUAUGGACCUUACACUCUAUGACAUAAAGGAGUCAUCCUCUGGUCAAUCUGUUCCGUGUGAUCAACAGUUCUGCAAAGAGGUAAAUGGAGGUCUUCUCUCCGGAUGCACUACUAAUAUUACCUGUCCAUAUCUGGAGAUAUAUGGUGAUGGGAGCUCAACUGCUGGUGACUUCGUAAAGGAUAUUGUACUUUACGAGCAAGUGUCUGGGGACCUUAAAACUGAUUCAGCUAAUGGAAGUAUUAUAUUUGGAUAUUAUCUUAACAUAAAGUGGAUGCACUGGCCAGUGUGCAGGUGUGGUGCUAGACAAUCUGGAGAUCUAAGCUCUUCAAAUGAAGAAGCACUUGACGGAAUACUUGGAUUUGGAAAAGCUAAUUCUUCAAUGAUUUCACAACUUGCUUCUUCUGGCAAAGUGAAAAAGAUGUUUGCUCAUUGUUUAAAUGGAGUAAAUGGAGGUGGUAUUUUUGCUAUUGGGCAUGUUGUGCAACCUAAAGUGAAGAUGACUCCAUUAUUACCAGACCAGCCACACUACAGUGUCAAUAUGACAGCAGUUCAAAUUGGCCAAACUUUCCUUAGUCUAUCAAUAGAUGCUUCAGCACAAGGGGACGGAAAAGGGACAAUAAUUGACAGUGGUACAACCUUGGCCUAUCUGCCUGAAGGGAUUUAUGAGCCGCUAGUAUCCAAGAUCAUUUCUCAGCAAACUGGUCUAAAAGUUCAGACUCUCCAUGACGAGUAUACAUGCUUUCAAUAUUCUGAGAGUGUUGAUGAUGGAUUUCCAGCUGUCACAUUUUAUUUUGAAAAUGGACUCUCGUUAAAGGUUUAUCCACAUGAUUACUUAUUUCUCUCUGGAAAUUUCUGGUGUAUUGGUUGGCAAAAUAGUGGGACACAAUCAAGAGAUAACAAAAAUAUGACCUUAUUAGGAGAUUUAGUGCUUUCAAAUAAACUUGUCUUCUACGACCUUGAAAAUCAGGCUAUUGGAUGGACCGAGUACAACUGUUCUUCAAGCAUUAAAGUGAAGGAUGAGCGCACAGGAACGGUCCAUUUAGUUGGUUUCCACUACAUUUCUUUUGCAUGCGUUUUAAACAUCAACGCAAUGAUGAUCUUGUUUCUACUUGCUCUGCUACAUACACUGGUUUAUUGAAACAGAACAGCAAAUACAUAUACUAAAGUCAAAAUUAUGGCAACAGGAUUUGGAUAUAGAAAGGACAUAAAAUGCCAAGUGAGAAAUUGAGUUUUCAGGAACUUGCAUGAUUUUUAAAUGUAAUCUUCAAGGGAGACUAGGACACUGACCAUUGGGAACCUUCGCUGUGGGUCAAAUUUUUCAUCCCAAUCCCCAUGGUGAAUAUGUAAAUUACAUCCACCAAUUGUAUAUGUUAUUAGACUUAGCUUCGCUCUCAAUGCCAAAUGUAUAAUUCUCAUGCGACAACCUACGCAUGUAACGCAACUUUUAAUUGCAAAUAUUUAAGUUAGUUAUUGUUGACCA